AUGAAGUUCUUGGAUAGACGACAUUCAACUUUGUGCUGUAAUUAUUUCUUCUCUGGAGCAAUUGCUGAUGCUGGUUUUGAUAAACUGCCAAAGCUGAUAAGGACAGAAAAGAAGUGAGUUGUCAAUCUGGGCCUUCUGAAGGUGGAGGAUGAGCUUGGGGAGUUUUCCAUUGAAGAUUGAAAUGGCUUAGAUGAAGUUGAAGAUGCACACAUACGGGAAGAUAAUUAGGAUGAUGAUAAUAUGGAAGAGAAUUCCUCAAAUCACUUAAAAAAGAAGUCUGUGAACAAUGACUUGCCAUCUGGGGAUUUAUAG